AUGUCAUUCUCGAACAGCAGCGGUGGCACACUCGCCUUACCAUCGCCGACACACGCUCACCAUAUCGACGUCACCUCGGCAGUUCGCACACUGCGGCGAUCUAUCUCGCGAUCUCCCUCGAAGUUCUUGACGCGUUCCAACUCCCCGAACUCGCUGAGUCCCGAGAGCCCCCACCAAACCUCACCACAAUCGCCCUGCCGACGAUUUGGCGCAACGCCACAGAAUCAACAACCUUUACCGUGCCAUACUCGAUCAGCACCUCCUCACGCCUACGGUGCGCCAUCGUCCGCCUUUACUCCGUUCCGCCCCAGCGUUAGACUUUCAUUGCGUUCCGCCAAAGCAGCGAAGACAUCGCCAUCGAGACCGCUGACGCGCGCCCGCGUAUCUCCAAAGAGCCCGUUGAAGAGAGCCCUCAUCACUGCCCCCGACAGUGGCAACUCUCUGCCUGCGGCCCCUGCGCUCUCUGCUAUCGAUAUCUCAGGGCAAGAGAACAACGCGCUGGGUGCAUCGAGUCCUAUCACUUCCAGCCCAGAGAAGCGACGCAGUCUCCCGCUUGACGUCUCUGGAUCUGUACAGAUAGCUUUCCUCAAGUCACUUGAGACCAAUAGCGACAACUCAAUGGUUCCCAACAACGGGUCGCUAAAGCGCAGCGAUGCGACUAUGAAUCUGGACCAGCCGAGCCAGGAAAGCCCGGUGGCUAAGCGACGGAGCUUACAUGGAAUUUCGGCACUGGGCCAGAAUGAGGACCAAAACAUAUUUGGCUCAAAUACGACAUCUUCGCAGAGUUUCUACAUUCAUGAGGACUCAUCUACUGAAUAUGAGAUUGCGGGCUCCAGCGGGUCACCGUUUCGGGACCCGCUCCCCUCCCCCACCCCGACGACCACGUCAACUUCGGCGAACGUUCCUAAGAGAUCGUCGUCCUUACGGAAGUCCACUUUACAACAAAGAUAUGGGGAGAGGGGAUCUUGGGGAAGACGAACCGGCGAGCGACAGCUAGCUCAGUUCAGCGCCGAAUACUCACCUGUCCGAAGCCGACCACGCCUUUCAAUGGAUCAGUUCGUCCCUCCUCCUGCGCCCCAGGAGAGUCCCUUUACUACCAGCACUUCUACCGCUCCUACUGUCUCUACUACUCCAACCUCGAAACCACCACCUACUAAUAUUUUCGGUGACAAGGGCCAUCAGCCACACCCUUUGUCAAAGACAUUGACGACAUCGUCUUCAGGGAACAGUCUCCAUGAGGAGACACCUAUCUAUGCCCCGGUGGCCAGGAUGCCAGACCGCCCUAGACAACACCUAUUCUCACGAUCUCUACCCCUCAACGCCACAAGGCCAACUCGUCCAAAUGAUGUAACCAGGACGAUGGCGACGCCCAGCAACGCUCAGUUGUGGGUGGGCGCUUUUAACUCAACUGGAUUGAUUUCCAAGGUGAACCGAAAUCCAGAAGAGGAGGCCAACAAGAAGAUGGCACCCCCUGAUACACCAUGUAAAAAGCACUCGAACCCGUUCGCUACCUUCCCUCCACCUGCUGGAAGCGCCAUGAAGAAGAGGGGUAACAACCGGAAUUCUUUUGGCGGUAACCCUUCAACCCCCUUUGGCAACAGCACUCAGAGCUUCGGAAGAGCUGGCAAGGGAAUGUCGAUUUUCCAGCGUGGCAGUGCUUCUAGAAGUGGACGCCGCGGCAGCGUUCUUAGCUUGGAUGGCGACGAGCAUACGCUCUUUGAUAACAUUCUCGACUUUUCGACGCCCAUGGAGGGCGAUGCUCCUCCAACUCCGACUAAGAACACCCUGACUCCUAGCCUUAGCAAGGUCAGCGAGCACUCGUUCGAGAGUCCCCAAAACAAUCACAGCCCAACCGCCAACCGAACAUUACACGCUCCUACGCCGGUUCUGGGCAGCUCAAUACCCCGAUCAGCAACUUGUAAGUCGGAUACAGCAGCACCGGGCGCUUCAACCGGAUCAGUUGAUUAUAUGAAUCGACUCAUCGAUGUUGGGCGUUUGUACUCCCCAUCUUCUCACAGCCCUCUAUCUUCAUUCAGCCACUCCAGAGCUCGAAGAGGAUUACACUCUCCUUCUCCUUUAAGCACCGUUUCUUUACGUCAAUCUCUAAGCUCUCCUAAUGAAACAUUUACUAAAACGAAACUUUCUGAUUCAGCGAGUCCUCUUGAUGGACGACGAACACCGCAAACACCCCGGGAGAGUCUACUCCCUUUGGACACUAGCCGACUAUCAAUCUCACAGGCUGGCGAUUCCUACUCCGACAACAUGCCACCUCCGUCCACACCAACAGCAGGACGAGACUUGCGAUCAUCUACCAGUAUCCUUGUCACUCCCGUGAAUGUUCGCACUAACAAUCUUGACAUUGACGCAAGCUUGUCCUCUCGAUUCGAGAAGGUUGAGCAGAUUGGCAUGGGCGAGUUCUCCACGGUCUAUCGCGUAACUCAGGCAGACAGGCCAAUGUCAUUUGACGAACUUAUUGCUACCCCCGCCGACCAUUCGAACAGUCCUGCGAAGGGUAGGGUUUAUGCUGUGAAGAAGAGCAAGCAGCCCUUCCAGGGACCCAGGGACCGGGACACUAAGGUUCGAGAGGCUCAGAUCCUCCAGUCUUUGAGCCACUCCGAACACGUGGUACAGUACUUUGACCACUGGGAGCACAACUAUCAUUUGUACAUUCAGACAGAGUACUGCGAAGAGGGUACUCUCGAUAGGUUCCUUGGUCAUGUCGGGCGGGGCGGGCGAUUGGAUGACUUCCGCAUCUUCAAGAUCCUCCAGGAUCUUUGCUUGGGACUGAAGGACAUUCAUGAUGCCGGUUUCAUGCACUUGGACCUCAAGCCAGCCAACAUUCUCGUCACUUUCGAAGGUGUUCUCAAGAUUGCUGACUUUGGUCUUGCUCAGUCUUGCUCAUCCGCUGAAGGUGUGGAUGUUGAGGGUGAUCGCGAGUACAUGGCCCCCGAGAUGCUCAAGGGCAGAUCCUGCCAAUCUGCCGAUGUAUUUUCUCUAGGCCUCAUCAUUCUUGAAACCGCAGCCAACGUUGUCCUUCCCGAUAACGGUCCCACCUGGAUUGCUCUUCGCUCUGGAGAUCUUUCUGAGGUGCCCAGUCUCACCUGGAACCCCUCAAUUGAGGUUCAGCGAGAUGCUACCGGUAACCCGACCGAGGGAAUGCACAGCGAUGAUUUCACAAGCGGCAAGACUCAUGACCCAAGCAACUUGUUUGGCUCAUUGAAGCGAUCGGAACUUCAGCAGCCUCCCGAGUUCAUGGUUAACCCUGUGCACAACAGCUCCCUUGAUUCUAUUGUGCGAUGGAUGACUGCACAAGAACCUAGUGAUCGUCCAUCUGUGCACCAGGUCCUCCAAAUAGAGGGUAUGCAGUGGGUGGCUCACCAGCGCGCCGCACCAGCAACUGUCUAUGAAGGAAACUGGGGACCCGACGAUGUUGAAGCUGACAUGUUUCCUGUCUCCAUCGUUGAGGGUGACAGCGACACCGAGAUGACUGACGUAUGA